AUGUUUUCGAUAUUUGACACCAGUCCAGCUGUUCUAGGCCCAGGGCCCACCGAAGGCGCAUCUCAAGCUCAAACCCCACCAGUCAAGCCAAGUCGUCGCAGAGACAAGGCGCAGUUAUCCUGCACGAUCUGCAGACAGAAAAAAUUGAAAUGCGAUCGCGUGAAACCAUGUCUCAACUGCACUAAGCGUGGACAGCCCGAACUGUGUGACUUCAUUAAGCACGAGUCCUCGCAUAGUCAUCCUACGAGGCAACAAGGUACAACAAACUUCCAAUUGCAAAACCGAGUUCGGCAGUUAGAGGAUAUGGUAACGACUUUGUUAAACAGCCAGAAUGCCCCCAACCUAGACCAUAAUGUACUCGCUGCAGCGAAACCACCGUCCGUUACUAGUACGGCAAAUGGGAUCACGGAUGGCGGCUUCACUCAAUCUGCAGCGCCGUCACCUGCUGACCAGAUAAAUGCUAACUUUCCAGAAGCUUUGGCAGGGAGAUUUACCAGAGCAAGAGAUCAAGUAAAUUUUGUGGGUAGCGAACAUUGGGAAGCAAUACUCGACGACAUUGCAGACUUGAAAAUUGACUUGGAGGAUCCUGCUGCCGCAUCUGAAAUGCCGGAUUCCAGACCACAGAUUCUAUUUGGUCGCAAUCAUGCAUCAAGAACGGAAAUUAUGUCCUCAAUCCCCCCAAGGUCGGUCUGUGACGUGCUGAUCUCGCGCUGGUUCAGAACCAUGGACAUGGCUCCCUUGGUCGUACAUAUGCCUACGUUUAUGAAAGAGUAUAACCAAAUGUUCAAAGAGCCCAACGAAACGCCGCUAAUGUGGAUUGGACUCCUAUUUUCCAUUCUUGGCCUGGCUUCCUACUUCUACGCCAUAGCAGAGGAAGAAUUGCAUAGUAUGCCUCAGCCAUUUACUUCCAUGUGGGAAAUGAGUACCCAUUAUCGCGACAGGACUGCCCAAUGCCUUGUAGAGGUGAACUAUCUCCGGCCGAGACGAUAUACCGUAGAUGCUUUGUGUUUCUACUACGCUCUUGAUCUGUUCCAUAAUAGAGAUUCGGAUUUUGGAGCUUAUGUCGUCCUUGGAAUUAUCGUUAGGGUAGCUAUGCGACUCGGAUAUCAUCGUGAUGCAAGCCAUUAUCCAUCCAUAUCGCCAUUCGACGGGGAAAUGAGACGGAGAAUAUGGUCCAUGGUAUUCCAACUGGAUAUCCUGACCUCAGCAUACAUCGGCCUUCCCCGAAUGAUCCGCGAGGGCGAAACCGACACCGUAGAGCCUAAAAAUCUCCUCGACACCGAUUUCGACGAAAGCAUGAUCACGCUCCCGCACCCACGGCCCAGCACCGAAGCGACCCCCGUCGCAUAUUCCAUAUUCAAAGUCCGCCUACUCCGCCAAUCUGGCUUAAUAACUGACCAAAUAAAUGCCAUCACGCCUAUUUCCUACGACUCGGUACUGCGCCUCGAUUCCCGACUCCUCGAAAUACACGCUGCGCUCCCUCCAUACCUGACCAUGAAAUCUCUCAGCCAGUCCAUCACCGACGAUGCGCUUGUGAUUCUGCGGAGGUACACGCUCGAGGUAACUUUCCAGAAGAGCCGGUGCGUGUUACAUCGCAAAUACCUCGUCCCGGGCAAAUCCGACCCUCGAUUCCGGUAUUCGAGAACUGCCUCUGUCGAUGCUGCGAUGCGCCUGCUGGAUGUGCAGCGUACGUUUGACGAGGGUAGUCAACCUGGCGGCCAGUUGUGUGGUGAGAGGUGGAGGAGGGCUGCGCUUAUUAACCAGGAUUACGUAGUUGCGGCCAUGGUAUUGUGUCUAGAUCUUGCCUGGGGCAGGAGGAUGGACAGCCGUCGGAUUUCAGAACAUGAAGAUGAGACUGAAACGAUAUGGCCGAGGAGUAAAAUGCUGCAGGCGUUAAGAGUAAGCUACGAGAUCUGGUGUAAGGCGAGAACGGUAUCAGCGCUCGCCGUAAAAGCCACCGAGGCUUUGAAAGUCAUGUUGAAAGAUCUCGAAUCCACCGAUUCAGUAGCUAUCGAAUCUAAACCGUCACCAUCGGUUUCUAAUCCAGCAACUGUGCAUAAUAAUCAUCAACAUGGUCUGUCUCCUCCCCUAUCCUCACUCACGAAGUUAAUUAACCCCUCUCCCCAAGAUGCACCAUCAUCCAACUCCGCUCCUCUCCCUCCAUCCACCCCAUACACAGGAAUGAAUUCCUUCUCUUUCGCAGGAGUGACAGACGAAGACAUAAAUUUCGACUGGGAACUGUGGGAUACCCAGUUUCAAACCACGCCCAUGGCAAUGGCGGGGGAUGAUUUCGGGACUUCGACUUUUCACUAG